CAGGGACCUCCCACUAGGGGACCUGCCACUUGCGUCCCUCUUGCUGCCGCCAGACACUGAACGGGGCUCCCCGGGGAUCCGGACGCGGCUGUGUGGCUGCCGCCGGCCGGGGGUUCGCGGCGCGCUCCGAGUCUUUUGUGCUGCGGGGCCGGUGGCGUUUUGGUUUGGAAGAUGACACACAACAGAAUUGCCUUUUCCUCUGGCGGCAGACUAGCGGGUGUAUGAUGCAAGUUUGAUGUUUGUGUCUGCUUUCUCAAGGUCAAGAAAUUAUCUCCUUAGAAGGCAACAGUACUAUGCAUGUUAUGAAUUGUGUCUCCUUGGUCGGUGAUAAAGAAAAUGGGAAUAUCGCCACGGCAGCUGGAUUCAUGAUCGGGCAAACACCACCGCCGCCUCCUCCUCCUCCACCGCCUCCACCUCCACCAUGUCCAUCUUCAGGGGAAGGGUUUCCUCCCUCUCCUCCUCCUCCCCCACCACCUCCACUACCUGGAGGGCCUCCGGCCCCGCCUCCCCCUCCAGGCCUACCCCCAACUUCUCACAUGAAUGGCUAUAGCCACCUUGGUAAGAAAAAGCGGAUGAGAAGCUUUUUUUGGAAAACCAUUCCAGAGGAGCAAGUUCGUGGCAAAACCAACAUCUGGACUUUGGCAGCCAGGCAGAAGCAUCACUACCAAAUUGAUACAAAGACCAUCGAAGAGCUCUUUGGGCAGCAAGAAGAUACCGCCAAGUCUUCCCCUUCUAGGAGAGGAGGAACUUUAAAUUCAUCCUUCAGGGAUGCUAGAGAAGAGAUUACUAUCUUGGAUGCAAAACGGAGCAUGAACAUUGGGAUAUUUCUUAAGCAAUUUAAGAAGUCUCCUCAAUCCAUUGUAGAAGAUAUUCAUCAAGGAAAGAGUGAGCAUUAUGGAUCAGAGACAUUGCGAGAAUUUCUGAAGCUUUUGCCAGAGUCAGAGGAGAUAAAGAAAUUAAAAACAUUUAGUGGAGAUGUGUCCAAGCUGUCCCUGGCAGACUCCUUUCUGCACUACUUAAUUCAGGUGCCAAACUAUUCACUUCGGAUUGAAGCGAUGGUGCUAAAGAAGGAAUUUUUGCCUUCUUGUUCUUCUCUAUACACAGAUAUAACUAUUCUAAGAACUGCUACAAAAGAGCUGAUGUUGUGUGAGGAGCUGCAUUCGAUAUUACACUUAGUGCUGCAGGCGGGGAAUAUCAUGAAUGCAGGAGGGUAUGCUGGCAAUGCAGUAGGAUUUAAACUGUCUUCUUUGCUCAAAUUGGCAGACACAAAAGCAAACAAACCUGGGAUGAAUCUUCUGCACUUUGUUGCACAGGAAGCACAAAAGAAAGAUGCCAUUCUUCUAAACUUUUCUGAAAAAUUGCAUCAUGUUCAGGAGGCUGCUAGAUUAUCUCUGGAUAGUACGGAGGCAGAACUACACUCGCUCUUUGUCAGGACAAGAUCUCUAAAGGAAAACAUCCAGCGGGAUGGUGAACUUUGUCAGCAGAUGGAAGAUUUCCUUCAGUUUGCCGUGGAAAAGCUGACGGAACUGGAGCGCUGGAAGCAAGAGCUCCAGGACGAGGCCCACACCCUGAUAGAUUUUUUCUGCGAAGACAAAGAAACCAUGAAACUGGACGAAUGCCUUCAGAUAUUUAGAGACUUUUGUAUCAAAUUCAACAAAGCGGUUAAGGACAACCGUGACCGGGAGGUGCAGGAGCUGAGGCAGCUGCAGCGGCUCAAGGAGCUGGAGCAGAAGCGUCGUUCCUGGACGGCUGGGGAGCUUGGGGGAUUCGGCCGGAGCAGCAGUGAGAAUGACGUGGAGCAGCUGACCAAGAAGGGUGCAGAGGACCUGCCCUCUUUCCUGCACCCCAGGCCCAUCAGCCCCUCCUACCGACCCCCCAACACCCGCCGUUCUCGCCUCUCCCUGGGCAUCUCCGCUGACCGGGAGCUGCUGACCUUCCUGGAGAGCUCCACUGGCAGCUCAGAGGAGCCCAACAAGUUUAACAGCUUGCCCCGGAGCAGCCCCCGGCAGGCCUGGCCCACCGUAGUCUGGAUGGAUCCUGGAGAGCCAAGGGGCCAGGACUCCAGCCGCACAUGUAGACCUGAGGCCUCAGAGAGCCAGGAGGAAGCCCCUGACCCAUCCUUAGCUUGGCAGAGCCAGCUCCCAGUCCCUCGGCCUGGGGAGGCUGCAUCCGCCUUCCCCCAAGCUCGGCGUGGCGGCAUCAGCAUCCUCCGAAAGAGGAACAGCGAACCUGUGGGCCUGGGUCCCGGCCGGUCCCCUCCACUCUCGCCACUGGCUCUGGGGAUUAAGGAGCAUGAGCUGGUGACAGGGCUGGCCCAGUUCGAUCUCCAGGGUUCCAAGGGCCCAGAGAUACCCCGGCUGAUCGUGAAUGACUUCACCCCAGUGGUGUCUUUGGAGGAUGGGAGCCUGCAUCCCCUUGGCACCAGCAACGGCAGCCUAACACGUGUGGGCAGAGGUGCCCCGCGGGGCCUCAGUCCAGCCCUGGGGGAUGGCAGUGCUGCCCCUAAUGAACCCAGCAGCUCGGCUCUGGUAUCUGUGGGCAGCAGUGACCCUGAGAACAAAGAUCCGGGGCCUCUGGUCUACAUCUCGGACACCACCGACUGUUCUCUGACCCUGGACUGCUCAGAGGGAACCGACUCCAGACCUGGAGCGGGGGAGCCGGGGGAGAGGGGUGAAGGGGAUGGCUCCGUGUCCUCUGGGGCUGGGGAGACGGGUGGCAGCCAGGUCUCCUCUAACCCUGCUUCCAGCCCCCCUGGGGAGGCCCCUGCCCCUGUCUCCGUGAAGAGCGGGCCCAGCUGUAAGGGUGGCCUUCCCAGGGACAGACCCGCGAAAGGGAAGGAUGUGGUGGCACCAAAGAGAAACUUCCUCAAAGAGGUGUCCCAGGUGGCCUCCAAGCCGGGGAGUGGCCGGCGGGGCCAGGGGGCGGCACCCAAGCCCGUGCGGACCUUGACCUCCUCAGAGAGCGAGGGCAUGCGCAAGGUCGUGCCCAUCUCCAGGGCCAGCAGGGCCUCCGCGGGCUGGAAGCGGCCCCCUCGGGAGACCCCCGGCAGCACAGAUGUGCCGUGGUCGCGCCGGAGCGCUGUGCGGGGGAGCUCAGAUGCGUCGCCCAGGAGGCCCUCGACGGGGCCGGUGGUGGUGGCUGAGGAGCAGAGGCUGCGCCGAGCCAGUGGCAGCUCCAGCAGCGCCCGUCCCGGGAAGGAGCCCUCCCUGCAGCCCAGGGGCUCCGUCAGGAAGCCCAGCGCCAAGCCCCUCAGAAACGUCACCAGACAGAAACCUGAGGACAAUAAGAUCUGCUGCUCCAACUCCCAGGGCCCCGAGAGCCCCCAAGAAGACCCCAAGCCCCCGCCAGCCCCCAGUGUCCCCCGUGUCCCACUCCCCAUCCCGAGCUUCGCCCGAAACACGGUGGCCUCCUCAUCUCGCUCCAUGAGAACAGAUUCCCCUCCUGUGGCCAAAGUCCCUGGCAUCACGCGGACAGUCUCGCAGCGGCAGCUGAGGGUGAAAGGUGGCCCUGAGGACGCCGCCCCCAACAACAGCGGCACCCUGCGGCGAACCAGCAGCGCCCGGGGCCCCAAAAAGGGUCUGGAGUCUGCUGAGGGUCCCAGUGCCAAGACAGAGACCCCUCUGAAGGGCAGAGGAUCUGGGGAAAGGGCCUCGAUCCGACUGAAAGGCCCAAAUCAGACCACACUGGGGAACGUGUUUCAUCCCUUACGGAAGUGAUGGGUGCCUGUGCUUUGUCACCUGCUGGGGUUCAAAUGGAGAGGACAGACUUCUGUGAAAGGCCAACACCGAAUGUCUUUGUUCCACAUAAAGCGAUCCACUGGU